AUGGGUGAAUUUACGCCGAAAUUUGAGCGCGAUCUGGAGAGUCGUAGUGCAAUUGGGCCGAAAGCAUUGCCAACAGCUGGCGCCAUUGCUGUGAGAAAUGAAAAGGGCGAAAUUACAAUGCAAAAAGUUAAAGUGGUACGAUAUAUGGCUGGAAAAGUACCAGCUUAUGCGCAAGGUAAAGAAGAUUUAUCAAGCGGAGAAGAGAGUGGUGACGAGGAAGAAAAAGAUGUCAGAGACGCACGACAAAGAGAACCGUAUGUUUUUAUAUUUAUUGGUAAAAAUAACUGA